CCCUCUGUUAUUGCGAUGUUCCCUCUGUACCUUCAUGGCAUUAUGAAACUUGGAUAUGCAUUCUAAAGGCGGAGGUAGGAGAAUUGGUGGAACAGAAAAUGUGUUCAGCGUGAUUGUGAGAUUACUGGAGGAUGAAACAUCCGAGGAAGUUUCUGUACCUGAGGAUGCCACCGGUAAAUGGCUAUUCGAGGAGGUAUGCUGUCGCCAGGGCGUUAUGGAAGAACGGGAGUACUUCGGUCUUCGUUAUUUAGAGCACCAAAUUCUGACCCCUCCCACCAAGCAAUGGAUUGAUCUCACAAGGCGUGUUCUAUCCCAGCUAAAGAAUACGAAGCCACUGGUCGUCUCUUUUCGAGUUAAACAUUAUCCACCUGAUCCCAUGGGAGAUAUACGGCUUCCAAAAACCUGCAAUCCGCAACACUAAACCGAUCUAAAUCUGUGAGCUCCAGUG